AUGAAGUGGAUGAGUAAUGUCACAGAAUUCAUCCUCCUGGGCCUGACUCAAAACACGGAGCUUCAAACAUUUUCAUUUGCUGUGUUUUUGAUUGUCUACUUGGUCACCCUGGCAGGCAACCUGCUCAUCAUGGUCACCAUCAGCACCAACAGGGCCUUAGAAUCCCCCAUGUACUUCUUCCUGUCUCACUUAUCCCUUAUAGAUGGCUGCUGUUCUUCAUCCAUGACCCCCAAAAUGCUAGCUGACACUCUCGCUGUGAGAAAAACCAUCUCUUUCAGGGGGUGUAUGACUCAAGUCUUUGCUGAGCAUCUUUUCGGUGCUGCUGAGAUCAUCCUGCUGACGGUGAUGGCCUAUGACCGCUAUGUGGCCAUCUGCAAACCCCUGCACUACACGACCAUCAUGAGCCACAGGCUGUGCAGUCUGCUGGUGGGAGUAGCCUGGGCUGGAGGUUUUGUCCACUCAACCAUACAGAUCCUCUUCAUAGUCUGGCUGCCCUUCUGUGGCCCGAAUAUCAUAGACCACUUCAUGUGUGACUUGAACCCUUUGUUGAAACUUGUCUGCAUGGACACUCAUACCUUUGGUCUCUUUGUUGUUGCCAACAGUGGAUUCAUAUGCUUGCUAAACUUUCUUAUUUUGGUGGUCUCCUAUGUGGUCAUCCUGUGCUCCCUAAGGACUUAUAGCUCACAGGGGAGGUGCAAAGCUCUCUCCACCUGUGUCUCUCACAUCACCGUCGUUGUCUUAUUCUUUGUACCUUGCAUAUUCGUGUAUCUGCGCUCAGUGACUACCUUCCCCAUUGAUAAAGCUGUGGCUGUCUUUUAUACCAUGAUCACUCCCAUGUUAAACCCCUUAAUCUACACCCUCAGAAACGCAGAGGUGAAAGGUGCUAUGAAGAAGCUCUGGGUAUCAAAAAGUGACUUCAACUGA